GGGGCGUCGUUACAGCUAGCGGUGUGUAGGCGUUGGCAAAGCGAUGAGCUGGGCGACAUGCCGUGAAAAACUACGGCCCUUCGCGUAAUCUUCUGCACGUGUAGUAUUCCAAUAAAUAGUCUUUGAUAUUGAAUCACCUUUAACGAAAUCAUAGGCCAACCGUUUCGCACCUCGUUCUCAAAUUCAUUUCUAAAACAAGAGACAGACGCCGUGUAAGUAACGAAGUUCAGGUUGGUUACUACUUUUGUGCGGGCGAUGACGUUCUCGCGAACGAUCAACGAACUGUGGAAAUUGAGUUGUUACACAAGGUCCUAAAAUCCUGACGAUUGUACAUAUCUUAACGCGAAAAUCAAACGACCGCAUAAACUACUAUAUAAAUUUAACACUCCGGUGAAUGGAAAGAGAAUAAGUAAAAAAAGAAACUACCGAACGAUAGUGUUUUGUUUCGUGCGGCGUUUCAACUUUCGAUAUGGGUUGUAAAUGAAGUGAAGUGAGACCUUGUGUCGUCACAUUUUUGAUUGUUGUUUAUUCCUUUUGUUGUUACUUCGAUUGCUGCUGCUCUAUAAAAAACGGGCGAGACCGGAUUUUGGAUUCGGCAUACAAAUUCCGCUCAGAGUGGUUUAUAAUACUGAUAAUCACGUUGUAUACAGUAGUUUAUAAAAUUUUGACAAAUUGUGUUGUGCUACAUACAUCAGGGGAAGAUAAGAGGAGAGGGAAAUAAGAUGUCACAAAUCUCGACGGAAAAUAGACGUCGCGUUACUUGUUCAAACAAUCGCAAUAUUAUGGGGAAUUGUUCGUGAGGUGAGGUAGCCCGUGGCUGGGAGAUAGCGACGACGAUCAGCUGCUAUGUCAAACAAUCAGCUGGUCGACUCCUGCCUGCUGGUGAAUCGGCGGAUCGAGCAGAGACAAGAGCACAACGUAACACGCACUGAGAUUACGCAGAGACGAGUGCUCCAAGAAAAAGGUCCAGACAUGCCUCAAUACACAGGUCAAAACGACACCGACUACCAUGGCAGCAACGGACAAGCAGACAACCAUUCCCUGCACUCUUCACAUUUGUCUGUACAAGAAGAUCCGUUGCUCAUGCGCUCACACAAGCAGCAAACCUCUCAGCAGGUUACAACGGUGACGAAAGUUGUUCGUGAAGUUUCUCACAUGGAGCCAGAUUCCAGUGCAGUUAGUUACAUGUCAGUACCACUAUUGCCCCAAGAUUAUCAGCAUGCAGAUCCCAGGUAUCAAGCUGACCCGUAUGCAGUAGGGUUUGAGCAUUACGAUGGAUACCUCGGGUACCCUUCCCAACCCGGAUAUGCUGGACCACAUGGACUCUACAUGCAGAGACCACAUUCACCUCAUAGCCCACAUAGCCCGUCCGAGCACAGCCACGCUUCUCCACCUCACGAAUAUUUGAGAAAAUCUGGACCCUACUUGGAGGCGGGUUACAACGAUAUGGAACCAGGUCUGAAUCCAGGAAUACAAGAUCAUUAUCGCAUCACCCCGAGUCCUGGUGGGCCUGGAGAUCAAUAUGCUUUGCUUACAGAUCAAAUCAGCAACUCCUGGAACAUGGAUGAUUCUGGAGAACCUUCUCAACAUCCUCAUGACGAGGCUAAAGUUGCAUAUGGCUACGUUUCCCCCUCUCCGUAUGGUCCCGUAGGUUAUGGCCCAGGUGUCGUGGGUGUUGGUUCAGUUGGUGUGCCAGGUGACGUUCCAGUUGGUUAUGAAGAAGGCCACCCGGUGCCUUUAUCCACCGGUGGCGUGCCACCAGGGAUGUUUGAGGAUGAUGUCCACAUCCAACGGUUGCAAGCACGGCAUCCGGUGGUUCAAGGGAUGGCAAGUCCACUCGAUGACGAUCAGAAAUCGACGCGAUGGAGGGAUCCAAACUUGUCGGAGGUUAUCGGCUUCCUGAGCAAUCCCAAUAACGUGAUAAAGGCAAACGCAGCAGCUUAUUUGCAGCACUUAUGUUACAUGGACGAUCCUAACAAGCAGAAGACACGUAGUCUCGGCGGAAUACCGCCAUUGGUUCAACUUCUGAACCACGAUAGCCCUGAUGUCUAUAGAAACGCAUGCGGAGCUCUGAGAAAUCUCUCUUACGGGCGGCAGAACGAUGAGAAUAAAAGAGCCAUUAAAAAUGCAGGUGGCGUUCCGGCACUUAUUAAUUUACUGCGACGAACGUCAGACGCCGAUAUCAAAGAACUUGUUACGGGAGUUUUAUGGAAUUUAUCUUCGUGUGAAGACCUGAAGCGAUCGAUAAUUGAUGACGGAGUAACUAUGGUAGUCAAUAAUAUAAUUAUCCCGCACAGUGGUUGGGAUCCAAAUUCUUCCAGCGGCGAAACUUGUUGGUCAACUGUAUUCAGAAAUGCUUCAGGAGUGCUCAGAAAUGUAUCGAGUGCCGGCGAAUACGCCAGAAAAAAAUUGAGGGAGUGUGACGGUUUGGUAGACGCAUUGCUCUACGUUGUUAGAUCCGCUAUUGAGAAAUCAAACAUAGGAAAUAAAAUUGUAGAAAAUUGUGUCUGCAUUUUGAGAAAUUUGAGCUACAGAUGUCAAGAAGUUGAAGAUCCAAACUAUGACAAACAUCCCAUACAAUCGACAGUGCAAAACAGAGUCUCCGCACCAGCGAAAGGGGAGAAUCUGGGCUGUUUUGGGGGUAGUAAAAAGAAGAAGGACGGACAACCCGUUCAGAAAGAAGCAACCACAUCUCGGACGACAAAUCCAAGAAAUGAGCCCGUAAAAGGGAUGGAAUUGCUCUGGCAACCGGAAGUAGUUCAAUCUUAUCUGAGUUUGUUGCACACGUGUUCGAAUCCUGAAACCCUUGAGGCGGCAGCAGGAGCUUUGCAAAAUCUCGCAGCCUGCUACUGGCAGCCGAGUAUCGAGAUGCGAGCAGCCGUUAGAAAAGAAAAAGGUCUUCCGAUAUUGGUGGAACUCCUUAGGAUGGAAGUCGACAGGGUCGUAUGUGCAGUUGCGACAGCCUUAAGAAAUCUGGCAAUAGAUCAACGUAACAAAGAACUCAUAGGGAAAUACGCGAUGAGAGAUCUCAUUCAGAAAUUACCUUCCGGUAAUAAUCAGCAUGACCAGGGUACCAGUGAUGACACGAUAGCCGCCGUUUUGGCAACUCUUAAUGAAGUUAUUAAAAAGAAUGCAGAGUUUUCAAGAUCCCUACUAGACGCCGGCGGUGUAGAAAGACUCAUGAACAUCACUCGACAGAGGCAGAAGUACACGCCUAGAGUUCUCAAAUUCGCAGGACAAGUAUUGUUUACAAUGUGGCAGCACCAGGAAUUAAGGGACGUGUAUAAAAAGCAUGGCUGGAAGGAACAAGAUUUUGUUACCAAAACAGUAGCAGCUCGAAACUCUGGACCCAAUUCUCCUAACAAUGCAAAUAGCUAUGAUUGUAGCACUCUCAAUCGACCAAUGGCGAGUCAAGGGAGCACGCGCUACGAAGAUCGAACGAUGCAGAGGCCUACUCAAAACUCUAACAAUGUCGCACGGCCUACAAUGUAUCAGCAGAAUGAGGAGUUGGCGAUGUCGGAUAUGCAGUACCCAAAGCAGAGCAGCGUUCACGCACCACCAGCUGGAGGAGUUUGCGUAUUUCCCUCGAUUCCACAGCCAAAACCCGGUGAGCCGCUCUAUGCGCAAGUUAACUUGGAGAAGAAAAAGAAACGGCAGUAUGAGAUGGGGGCGGGUCAGGUUCAGGGCGUUCAAGGGUCGGUGGUUCAGGGUGGGUCGCUUGUUCCGGGCGGAACCGGAAACUCCGCGCAAUGGGUGAGGGAUGGCGUUGGUAUUCAAGAACAACCUUUACCUACAACAGCCAGUUUACCUCCUAGUACUACGGCGGCAACAGCCGGUGAUUCUUGGGUGUAAUUUAGAACAAUAUGAGAGAAAACAAAAAGAAAAUGCAGAAACUAAGCUACGAACAGCAUUAAUCAUAGUAAUAGUUUCGAUGAAAACUAAAAAACAACGACGACGACGACGACGACGACAACAAGAACAACAACAACAAUAGAAAGCUUCCAUAUCUGCACGUUUCGGUACAUGGUUAUAUCGACCGCUCAGAACCAGAAAGACUUAACCCACAAAAGUCUGAUGUAAUUUGGAAACUUACAAAGAAUCAACUUCGGAUAUUGCAUAUCGUACAGUUUUGUUUUUGUUCACAAGAAAACGGAAAGCUCGAGUUUUCUAAUAUUACUCCAAGAUAUCCGUCUGAAGGGUGUAUCCCUCAAAAAUAAAAACAAUUUACAAGACUGAAUUUCCGUACCAAGUUCAAUUUAAAGUAACGUAAUCCCAUGUUUAUUAAAAUUUUGUUCAUUUUUUUGAAGGAUACGCCCUUACAGCAGCAUCCUUCAUUUAUUUCGUGGGUUACGUCCUUCUGGACGAAAAUACACACACGACAUACAUCUGGAAUGGAGUAUUAUUUUAUCUUUCAGGCGUCAUCCAAAAUUUCGUUACUUUUAUAAUUAUAGAAUAGAAUAAUGAAAAAAAUACACAUGCUAAUGACCAAACCAAAAAAAAUAUUCAAAUGACGAUUAAAUCCAUUUAAAAAUUCAAAGAAUACGUAGUUCUACUGCGACGCAUAUGUGUAUUUAAAAGACUUUUUUUAAUGUUGAAAUUUUUUUUUUCAUUGCUUUUUUAUUCGCAUUCCGAUUAGGUUUUCAGAUCUUAAAAUUUGGGUAGCAUACCAGCUCUAUUUUAUUUUUCAUGCAGAAUGAAGUGUGCGCGUAAACAAGUUAUUUAUAUACCUAUCUACUCAUGUACACAUAUGUUAUACAUCAUAUGAUAGUUAAAACUACACGCGCUUCAAAAUUAAUCAUGUUGGAAAAAAAGUAGAUAACGCGAGGAGGAGGACGAAUAGGGGGAAAAAUGAAACGUGUGACGCGAAAAAAAAUAAACGUAGAAACGACCUCUCAAACGUCACAGAACACCUAAUUUUCAAAUUUCGGCAUUGAAUUUUACCAUCUGAAGGAAAAAUUUUUAUUUAAAAAUAAUGCACUUCAGUAAUGUACAAUAUGAAUAGUAUUAUAUAUAGGUAUAUUUAGAGGUAUAUAGGUAUAUAUCUUUACAUUGAAUUUAUACAAAAUAUUCACUAUCGUAAUAUAAUAUUAACGACGAUUUUAUUAUCAUUAUCAUUACAAUAUUAUUAUACGGGGAUCGAUAUAAUCUCGACAUAUACAUACACUACAUAUACAUAUACAUAUGCAUAUGGUAUACGUGCAUAUACCAUGCAUAUGCAUGUAUCGUUAUAUCAUCGGUAUUAUUUGCUGGUUUCAUCAAAAGUAUGAUAAUUCCAUCGUGUAUCGUUAUUGAUAAUGCUGUAUUGUUAUUGAUAAAGAUAAGUUGAAAAAAUAGAUUUGAAAGAAAAAAACGAAAAAAAAAAAGAAGAAAAAACACCGGAAUCGAACAUUAAAUUGAUAUCUAUAUAUCAAUGCGAAAGAACAAAAAUAGCAAAAAACAGAAAAAAAAUGAAAUGGAUGAAUUCGACAUUGUACAACACAACAAAGAAUCAUCGAUCGAUCGUGGAGUGAAAAUUCAAUUAAAUGAACUGUCAAAUCGGGAGUAAAACGGAGAGAAAAAGAGAUAGAUAGACAUUUUAUUAUUAUAAACUACUAAUAUAGUAAUAAUUGAAGUGAAGAAAAUACAUUUACAAACAAAUAAACCCCAUGAAGCGGCCACAUCAACUAAUUUCAAGCGAAUGGGCUAUAAACAAACAAAAUGAAAAAAAUAUAUAUAUACGUAUAAUUAAUUGAAUUAUAUUAUAUUAAUUGAUUAAUUCAUGUACCUCAAAGGUGAGUGAUAGCAUCAAUGAAUAAGAUAAGAUCAAUUAAAUAAUAAUGAUAAGAACGUAAGAUUGAUUAAGAGAAUAAGAUUAUUUGUAAUAUUUAAAAUAAUAGUUGAAUUAAUUAUUGUAUCAUUAUAAUUGUCAUGAAUUAUAUCAUGUGAUCUUAUUGUUCAUCCGCAUAUAUAAGUAUAUGUAUGUAUAUGUAGCAGCUGCACCUAUUAGAUACAUAAUUAGAUAUUAUGUAUAUCAUAAAAUAAAUACAUAUAAAUAUACAGAUAAUAUGAUUACAGAAAACUCUAUGCACAAUUUUCGAAAGUUAAAUAUGUAGAAUAAUAAAUAUAUGUAUAUGCGCGACUAGAUAUAUAUAUGUAUUAUUUAUACUACGACGAAAAAAAAAAGAUAGAAAAAAAAGAACAACAAUUAUCAAAUAAUCCAUAUAUACUUAACAUAUGUACGCAUAUGUACCUAUAUUUGACUAUUAUACACAUACUGAUAGAUCUACAAUAUUUAGACGACAUAUGUGAAAUAUUAUGUUAAUAUUAUCAUCAUCAUCAUCAUCAUCAUCAUCAUCAUCAUCAUCAUCAUUAUUAUUAUUAUUAUUAUUAUUCAUUUAAAUAAAUCACACGAGGCGACGGAUGAUCGAAUCUUUUUUACAGAAAUAUAUUCUUUUUAUUAUUAUUAUGA